GACGCAGCUCAAUGCCAGGACCAGCAAGGCCACGACCGCUAUUUGGCUGAUAUAUCUACCCUGCAACUUUCCAGAGCCUCAAUAGACUUCGCUAUAUGUCGCAAUCUACGGCAUUUUCCGGGCUCGAGUGAACGCAAUCCAACUUUCUGUGUCUUCCGAACUCAUAAUGCCUGCCCGUGCUGGAACGCGCGCUUCUUCCGUCGCAUCUACCCGCAAAUCCUCUGUUCCUCCCUCGACUACUGGCGCCAAUGUAUUCAUCCCCGAUGAGCCCGCUGAGCCCUCUACUUCACCCAAUCUCCGACCUAGCGUCGUAGAAAUCUUUGCCGAUGCGCAAAGAUCGACGACUGGACAUCGGAAAUUGGUGGUCCGGCUAAGGAAGAUUCAGGAGGGAUGUUGCGGUCUGCGAUCUUUGAAAGACAAAGGGAGGAGCGGGGAGAGACGGGAAUCUGGCCUUUUUGAGGGCUUUGGAGAGAAGGAAAAACCGGCAGAGAGAGAGUUUAAUAUCGAGGUGUCCCGUUGCCUUCUGCGAGUGCUAUCGGUGAAAAAGACGGAGGGUGCUGCCGAUCGAGUACUUAAAUUUUUGGGAGCCUUUUUGACUGCUACGACGGAGAAAGAUCUUCAGCUAUUUGGUCAGGGUGAUCCGGACGAAACCCAAACUUUACCGGAGACGCCGAGCUCGAGACUUACCUUUCACAUCGUUUCGACCAUAAUUCCUUUCCUCGCAACAAAAGAAAAGACAGUGCGAUAUCGGGCGACCCAAACAAUAACACACAUCGUUAACUCUUUAGAUUCAAUUGAUGAUGAAUUAUAUCACCUGAUUCGCCAAGGACUUGUCAAGAGGAUCAGGGACAAGGAGCCGGCAGUGCGUGUCCAAGCCGUGAUUGGACUCGGAAGGUUAGCGGGAAACGACGAAGACGACGACGACAAUGACCCGAAUGAUGGGAACUCGGCUUUGGUGGAUAGGUUAUUGGAUGUCCUUCAAAAUGAUACGAGCGCCGAAGUACGACGCACUUUGCUCCUUAAUCUACCCCUCACUCCAACAACCCUUCCAUUUCUUCUUGAAAGAGCCCGUGAUAUUGAUGCCGCCACCCGGCGUGCUUUAUAUUCAAAGCUCCUCCCCACCUUAGGAGAUUUCCGGCAUCUUUCACUUUCCAUGCGAGAAAAAUUACUGCGUUGGGGUCUUCGUGAUCGCGAUGAAACUGUCCGGAAGGCCACCAGUCGCCUGUUCUAUGAGCGCUGGAUUGAAGAUUGCACGAGCACACAAAAAACAGAAGCGAAUACCACUGAUGAGAAAGACAAGUCUCCGGCACCAAGUAUUCCCGCCUUGACGGAGCUUUUGGAACGCAUUGACGUUGUAAACUCUGGGGUGGAAGGCGGUAUUGCUCACGAAGCCAUGAGAAGUUUUUGGGGCGGGCGGCCAGAUUAUCGUGAGGCUGUGGUUUUCGACUCAGAGUUCUGGGAAUCUUUGACAGCGGAGACGGCCUUUAUGGCUCGCAGCUUCAACGACUUCUGCCGUGAAGAAGAGGACGGAAGACAUGAUGACCUUGCGGACGAGAAAAUCCCAGAAGUUACGGCUCUAGCUUAUUAUUUGCACAAAUAUACAACUAUACUACUAACAAGGAUCACCAACCCAGAAGAAGCAGAAGGAGGUGAGGAAGAAACCAUAGAAUUUGAAUUCAUAGUUGAGCAGCUCCUCCAGAUAUGCCUCACUCUGGACUACAGUGAUGAAGUCGGCAGAAGGAAAAUGUUUUCUCUUUUACGAGAAACCCUGGCUGUCUCAAAUCUUCCUGAACAUGUGACGAAGCUCACGGUUGAAGCUCUUCGGAGUGUUUGCGGGCUAGAUCCUGCCGCAGAAAGCGAAUUCUGCAGUGUCGUCCUCGAGGCCAUCGCGGAAGUUCAUGACACAAUCGUAUCCGAAGACAGCUUUGUCUCCGCAAAGUCAGAAAUUAGCGACGGAAGCUCGAGGAGAGGCCGUUCCGAGACCCCUGCUGAUUCCAAGGAGGACGAAGAGGAACCUUUUAAUAAGGAAGAGGCUAAGGCUAAAGUGCUUAAGGAAAUCAUGGUUAACAUGAAGUGCUUAUAUAUUGCUCAGUGCAUGCUGCAAAAUGUCGAAGGAAACCUUCAAGACAAUGUUCAUUUGGUAACAAUGUUGAACAAUCUUGUUGUCCCAGCAGUGAGAAGCCACGAAGCUCCUGUACGGGAGCGUGGUCUCGAAUGUCUCGGUCUAUGCUGUCUGUUGGACAAGAACCUAGCUGAAGAAAAUAUGGGCCUGUUCAUCCACUGUUACAGCAAAGGCCACGAGGCCUUGCAAGAAAUGGCCCUUCGCAUCCUCUCCGAUAUUCUAACAGUACAUCAUUCAAUCCUUCUCCCAGUCGCAUCUCAGAAUGACCCUAAUUCUGUCACCCCUCCACCAUUCCAAAAACCACUCCUCAAGGCGUUUGCGAAAGCUCUUAAGACAAACUCCCCGCCAGCUGUACAGGCCACUGCUGUCACAUCAUUAGCGAAGUUGCUGCUCACAAAUACGCUUUCUCCAUCUGGCCCUUCUGUGCCGCCUUCGAUCAAGGAAUUGCACGAAAGUUCCAUCGACACGCUCCUUCAGGCACUUGUCCUCUCAUUCUUCCAUCCCAGAACACGCGAUAACCUAUCUUUAAGACAGGCGUUGACGUACUUCCUGCCCGUAUAUUGUCAUUCCAGAUUAAAUAAUGCCCAGCAUAUGCGCAAAAUAGCUGUACCCGUUAUCCGUGUUGUGCUAGCAGCGGCGGAUGACUUUUAUGCUCUUGAAGCGGAAGAGGACAGUGAUGGAGAGAUAGACGACAGUGUUGGCGAAAAAGAAGUCAAGGCUCUUAUGGCGGGUGUAAUUGGAAUGAUGGUUGAGUGGACGGAUGAUCGACGAAUUGUCGGCCUCAACACCGAGGCGCCAUUGCCUGGCACGUCAAUAGCGCCAAACCCAUCUUUAAAACCCAGCGAGAGUCUCCAUCUUGCUCUUGCAAGGGAUAUAUUACAGCGCGUUCUGGGAGUCGGAGGAUUCAGUGCAGCUCCAAGGGAAGAAAGGAAACUACUCCUUUCUAUGCUCGGCAAGCUACAUAUUCCUGCACCUCCUUCAGCGCCCUCUAGGCCCGGCUCCCGUGCUCCUGAAGGCCCCGAUGAGCGAGAAAUCCUGCGUUCUAGCUCAAGGUCAAGAAAGCCGGACCAAGAACAGGGUACCAUUGAUGAUGAUGGCGAGUUGUUGCUCGAAGUCAAGGACCUACUCAAUCAAGCCAUUGCUUCCAAUGUCGCCUCAGAUGCUACGGGAAGAAACGCACUCGUUAAAGUCAAGAAUGCCGUACUGAAACUCCUUGCUGCUUGUCGACCUUCGGACAAGCAUGGCGUAUCUGAAAAGGAGAGAGAGACUUCGUACAUCAAAGAAGAACCUGAGGAUGAUAGUUAUUUACGCGGAUCACGGAGGAAUACAAGUGUCAUUAGUGGGAGAUCGAGCGUGGCUCCAAGUGAUCUGGCUGCUGUGGAGGAAGAAGACGAAGGUGACGAUACGAUUAUUGCCAGACGACCGGAUGAUAGGCGGUCGUUAGCGUCAGAUGCGGGCACGGAAGUUUCUGUGCGAAGUGAGAGAUAGUCAUUCCGGUUACGGCACUUACUGGCAUAGGAGCGUGUUUGACUAAUGCCUUUCUGGCGUUCGGUAGCAUGUUGUGAUUCGGGUAGCUAUAUUUAUUGAUCAAUGCAUGUCAAUCCUGG